AUUGCGGAAGAUGCGGAGCGCAAGAUCCGAGCUGGUGAGCCCACGCCCGAACCACCCAAGCCUGCUACUCUACCAAAGAAGAGGUACGAAAACCAGAAUGGGGGACCUCAGCGUAUGCUUGUUCCACAGGAUCCACCACAAACUUUGCCUCCAAGUCAGCUUCCUUUGCCGUCCCAAGCUAUGCUUUUGCAGUCGGCGCAACCAGUUCGCCCAGUUAUCAACUUGGAGGAUGAUGUUGCUCCAAUUAAGCAACAGCCUGCCUACAGCCCACCCCCUGUGCCGGUGCCACCCCCACAACCCCAGUUCCAGGACAUUCGGCAACAGCCAUUACGCCAAGUGCCCGUGGUCCAUAAACAUAUGCCGCCACUGCAGCGGCAGCAGCAGCGGGAGCAACAACAACGGGAGCAACAACAGCGGGAGCAGCAGCAGCGAGAGCAACAGCAGCGGGAGCAGCAGCAGCGAGAGCAAUUGCAGCGGGAGCAGCAGCAGCGGGAGCAGCAGCAGCGGGAGCAACAGCAGCGGGAGCAGCAGCAGCGGGAGCAGCAACAGCGGGAGCAACAGCAGCGGGAGCAACAGCAGCGAGAGCAGCAGCAGCGGGAGCAGCAGCAGCGGGAACAACAGCAGCGAGAGCAACGAGAACAAGAACAUCAACAGCCGCAGCAUCUGCAACAGCAGCACCCCCAUCAGCAGCAUCCACAACCGCAUCUACAACAGCAGCAUCCACAACAGCAUCCGCAACAUCAGCAUCCGCAACAGCAUCUGCAGCAGGAGCAUCCACGACCACUGCUGCAACCACAUCAUCCGCAACAGCCACAACCACCGCCUGCACCGGUGGUUGUCCCCUCUCAUUCACAUCCUCGCGUACCACCAUCUUCGCAGCAACCUCCACAGCAGGUCCAGGCCCAGCCGCCGCUUGUGCAAGCACCUAUUCCCGUACCAGUGCAUAGGAGUUUUAUUCAGCGGACUGAGGAGACACACAGUGAACGGCCUGAAAGACGGCCUGAGAGGCAGCUGGAGAGCAGUCAUGACAGAACUCAUAGUGCGCAGCUGGAGCGGCAGGUGAGUGGGCAGGUGGGGAGGCAGGUGGAGGCACCAGUGGAGAGGCCGAUGGACAGUAGACACAGCGAGAGGCAAAUUGAGGGACCAGUGAAACAUUUGGAAAGGCCUCACGGGGGUGGGCCGCAGGUAGGAUCUCGUGAGUUCGCCAAGCAAUUUGAAAGAGCUUACGGGGGGGCACGCGAUGGAACACUAGAAAGGCAGCGCGACGUCCCCUUAGACAGACCACGUGAUGUGAGAAUGCCCGAGAGACAGGCAGUCGGGGGACAACCGUCCGGCGGGCCAUUGAUUGAGAGGCCUCACAGGGUAAGGCAAGAGAGGAUGCAAGAGAGAUCAGAGAAAUCAUUGCAGGAUAGAAGCCUAGAGAGAUCUCAUGAAGGACUUCGCACGCCUCAUGAACGGCGUAUGGGCCGUGAGGCCCCAUCGGUUCCCUCUCUCCAGGGGCCAUCCCCAUCUCCCCAUACACCAGUUUCGAGUACGUCGGCUCCUCAAGGCAAAAUUAUAUCAACGCAGAUCACCAUUCCGAAACAGCAGACACACGCCCAACAGAUUCAUCAUCCGAGUCAGCAGCAGCAGCAGCAGCAAUUGCAGCAACAGCAGGGACGAGGUUCCUACAACCAACAGCAUCAAACCAACCAGCCCCUCCACCAUCGCAAUUUGUCUAGCCCUUCAGCGAUACCAAUGUUUGAUGCCCAAUACCCACAACAGCAACAACCAUUCGGCCAGCAACCUAGAGCUCCACCGGUUGAGAAGCCUCAGCCUUCUCGAGCUCCGGAGCCAUUGGCUCCUCCGUCUUCACGUCCCAUGUCCGCACCAUCUUCAGGGCAGCCAAUGAACACGCCAUAUAACCCUCCUCCGCCAUCUCAUCUGGGUUCUACGCCACAGAUACCACGUCAGCCAUCCUUGCCUCCUCAAGCUGCUGCAGUUCACGUACCUCCUCCAGUGCAGUCGCAGUCGACUGCGGCCCCAGAUUCCUCAAAAUCCAAGCCAACGAGCAUUAACUCACUGCUUAAUCCUGCCAAAGAGGAAAUCCCUUCCCGGCCUCAGAGUAGGUCCACUCCACACCAUAUACCUCCUCAGACAAGGCCCCAAACUCCUCAGCAACAGCCACCCCCGCAACACACGCCUCUCCAGCACGCCUCUUCCCAACUUGCUGCUGCUCAGCAUGUUACCCAGCAUCCCCCGCAACAUCGAUCGCAACCCCCCCACCAUUCCCACCAUGGUAGCCUUCAACAUCUGCAGCAUGCGCCGCACUCUCAUCAUCCGCACCCCAUGCAUCAUCAUCAUCAGCACUCUCAAUCAUCAAGUACACAUGCCCCUAUACCAGGAGAAUCAUCAAGAAGGGAUGUAACGUACGACCUACAACAUGAGAGCCACCAACAGCGGCCCUCGAUGGCGAAGAGUCCACUGAGUAGAGGCGGUCCACCGCCAUAUGACUCUGUUCAACUUUCGCGUGAGCCGAGUAGUUACUCCACGCCUCCCCGCGAGCCUUAUCUCCAACCCAGAGAGUCUUUGUACACUCCUGCCCUUCGAGAAACACCAUACUCUACUCCUCCUCCUCAUUCGCAAUCACAGCAGGGCUUAUCGGGAUCUCAUACACCGACUUCACACUCCACCUUGCAGCCCUCCAACUAUGCUCAAGGGCAGCAUAGCCAUUACCCCCCACGGCCGCAGACUUGCUCGCCUUAUCGUCCUGGUGGACCACAAAGUGGCCCUUAUGUGCCUCCAUCUAGUAUACCACCUUCACAGCCCUCGCAUCAUUCGCAGCAGUAUCCGCACUAUGGACAGCAGCCGCCUCCACAACCGCAGCCGGGGAACCGCCACACUCCACCACCUCGAGGGCAGUAUACUCAGAGACGUUAUUAUGAUGGGCUUGAUCGUGGGAGGCCAUAUUAAAUAUUUAAUAAAAACUUUUCCCUUUUCCUUUUUUCACGUUGGAUGGAUUCAUCAAGCAGGCGGCCUUUUUCUUUUCAUAAACAAAACAUUUCUUCGUCUCCUCUUUUCCUCUGGGGGGGUUUUUCUUUUUUAACUUGGGGUUGGCAAGGGUGUUACUUUUCUAAUGAAUUUGUCCGCACAUUUCUCGUUUUUUUCUCUAUUCUUUUCUUUUGCUCUCUUUCCCUCCCACCUACGAUUAGUGUAAGCUGUGAGCGUCAUGAUUUAUGGAUUCCCCUGUUUGUCUUUUCUUCCAUCUUUUCUAGCACCUUUUGCUGGCUGUAAUAGGUGUUGGGGGUGAGAUGAGGUCUUGGAAUUGGAAUUGAUGGAUGGAUGGUGGAGUUGUAGAAUAGUCGAAUUCGAUGUUUUUACUCCUGAUAA